UCUUGAUAUAUGUCGGGGUAUUUUUCGCGUGGUGACUUCUCCAUUUCCUGGGCCCAGAAUCGCCAAGUUCACUCGAUGGUGGAUGCGGUGGAAGCAGUGGAAAGGUAACCAGAAAUGAGGACCUUUAUGCACUCGGGUUAAUAAAUUGGACGCAGGAAAUGACAAGCACGAAAUUCUCUUAUUGCAUCGAAAAUAUGGCCCAACCGUGCAGCUGGGCCCUCGUGAAGUUUCCUUCUGUCAUGCUGAUGCCCUGCCGCAGAUCUACUCGGGUCCACGAGGACUUGACGCUGGUGAAUCUUUGCUCGCUUUUCAAAAUUAUGCUUCAGAAAACGUCGUAACAACGCUGGAUGCGGAUCUCCAUGCCGUCCGCAGAAAGAUGGUCGUUGGUUUGUAUACUGGACCUGCGGUUGCCGCUCCGGCUUUUCAAGCUGGGUUUAAGAUAUAUAUAGAACAAUUUAUGCGGAUAAUAGAGGAGAGGGCUGUUGCCGCGCCCUGCAGGACCGUUGAUGUUUCUUCCUGGCUGAGGUGGUUGGUGGCCGAUAUCAUCAUUCACCACAUCUACGGGGAAAAGGACCAUCCUAAUAUGUUGACAAACGAGGAAUCGAGGAAGAUUUAUAAAGGACUGCUGAUUACCACUGCGGAUAUAUUAUGCCAACCGUUUGUAACGUUUCUGGGGUGGUUUCCACGCAUUUCCACGCUAUUUCAAAGGCUUUUUGGACCAGAUGAAAUAGGAACUUUUGGGAUGAAACGGGUCGAAGCAGUUCUCUCCGCCAAUUCAGAGACAAAGGAACCCUCGAUCACUCACCUUCAGCAUCUCACGUCCACCCUCAAAAAGAACGGCCCAUCACGUGUCCUUCCAGGUAAAAACUUCAUCGCAAGUGACUGUCUUGACCAUUUCAUUGCUGGAUACUUCGCUCCUGGCGAUUUGCUCGCCGCAUUGAUGUGGGAACUCUCCGCUCCUGAAAACAGGAUAUACCAAGAUAAACUCCGGCAUGAGCUCCAUGAUGCUGGAAUCUUACCAGGGAAAUAUCCUGAUCCUUCGCUCGUCCAAAGACUGCCAUACCUGGAUUGUGUACUACGUGAAGUGCUUCGACUCCAUCUUCCUCUUCCAUUUGGCUUGCCUCGAACAGUGAAGCAAGGUCAGAACGUUGUGGUUUUGGGAACAAAAAUCCCAGCUGGGACAACGAUACACUCCCAAGGUUAUUGUCUUCAUCGCGACCCAGGCGCUUUUCAGGAACCAGAAAGAUGGAAUCCAGAACGUUGGAACAUUCCAAUCACGUCUCCAAAAUAUCGAGAGAUGCAGCGGAUGUUCUGGCCGUUCGGCUCCGGAGCGAGAAUGUGUUCGGGGAAAAACGUUGCAUGGGCGGAGCUGCGCCUGAUUACAGCUAGAGUGUAUAGCACGUACCAGACGGCGUUGGAUGAGGUCUUUGUUGAUAAGGAUGGGGCUCUGCUUCCAGAAGAGAAGAGAAAGGCCUAUUUCCCGUUCAGAAUAACAUUGCCCAUUCGGUUUCUCAAGAUUUAG